AUGCAGCACUACCGUGGCAAUGCCGUCCGACCUUACCACUCCGAGUCCGAUAUCGACCGUCCGGCCAUCGAGCCCCAAUGCCGUCUCUCCGCCUCAUCCCCCCCACUCUCCCUGACCUUCGACGACCUGGAGGAUGACGUGUUCAUCAGUCCGAGGACAGACAACGGCAACGAUCUCUUCGCGACUAGAAAUGUCGAGAUAUUCGGAUACGGGAGUCCGAGGACCCCAGCGGGGGUUCUGUUGAGUCCGCGGAGAGACAGGACGUUCACGUUUCCAGAGACGAGCGAGAAGCAUUGGCGGGACAAGGGGGGGACGGAUAUGGCUGACGGCGUGGCAGACACUGAUGUGACUGACGCAGUAUCACCCGAAGAAUCGUCACCGGACCACUCGUCCGAUAGCUCAUUAUUCUCGUCAAUACUGCCGGACAAGCUGUCCGCCGGCUCAAUCUGCACGGCAGUGCUUCUGAUGCUCGGCUGGAAGUUUCUAAGUAAACGAUGAAGUCGCACACACAAGAAAUUUGCAACGCCAUCUAGCGUGCAAUGAGUAGCACCAGCUACUCCUGCGUCACGCUUGUUAAUUUUGUAUACAUUUUAUGUCUAUCGGUUAUUUUAUAAAUAGCCUUUUUACUACGAUAGACUCAAAAACAGUUGUUGUACAAACUGUAUUUGUAUAUUAAACUUACGCACUUUUUGACAUGUUUUUGUACAUGAAUAUUCUGAACUUGUUACAUACUUUUUGUAGAUUUGGAAUGAUUAUUCUCCUUGUAUUGAGAUUAUUUAUAAAGAUUGAACGGCAAUGCGGGAAAAGUAAUUAGAACUUCGAGGGAAAGUGAGGCAUUCGAAAUGUGAAUUUUAAAAUUAAUAACCUAGUUACUCAAUAUUGUUAUUUUUUUAUAAAAUUGUAGUGCAAAAAUAAAACAUAUUUUACCUACUAAAUAAAUUAUUCACUUGUCAAUUUUACAUUCCGCUUUCGGUGUUGAAGUAUAAUCUAUAGUUAUUAUCUGAAGUGAAAAAUAGGAAUACUUAACUCUAUUUAUCUCAAUUACUAUUUAGAAAUUUCUUCGAAGGGUGGACCACGUAUGUUCUAUAUUAUACAAAAAUAGAUUUUAUUUUAGUUGAAAAUAAAGUCCGUUUUCCCAGAAAUUGUUCCAAAGAGAGCAGCCUAAAAAUUAUCAUCGAUUGAUCUCAUUUUAUUAUUUUUGUAAUAAAAAUGUUUAUUUUAGAAUAGCGCUAGUGUAUUUAUAAUGUAAAGAGGGAGUGGAGAGUGCCAAGUUAUGUAAAAUGAAAAUUUUAUCAGAGAAGGUCUAUUUUAAUAAUAUUUCUUGUAUAAAAGUUACUUUUAGAUGAUUAAUAUGCUCUGACAUUUCUGUUAAACUCAAAACUUGAAAUUAAUUAUUGUAUGCCCUAAAUUUCUCGUCCGAGUACGUCGUUUAUUGAAUUAAUUUGGAGCUGUUAUAAUUAAUCAAUGGAGUGUUAAAGAAAUGAAAGGGUCUUGUAAGAUAAUUGUGUAGUUUAUAUUCGACUUUAAUUCGUAAAUACCUUAGUAUUAUGCUAGAUUUUUAUUCGUUGUAUCCACGAUGUAUAAAGCGUUUUGUUUUCAGAAUUAGAAAUGUCUAUUUUAUUAAUUUAAAGAAAAUUGCAAAAAUUUACCUAACUUGAAUUCAGUAAAGGGAAAAUUAGUUUAAGGCUGCGUUUCGAUCACAUAUAUAUGUUACGACUGUUACGAGGAAUACAAUCAUAAGAAUAACUGCACACAGCGAGAAAGACAAAAUAAAUUAUGGUAUUAUUUUGAUAAAAAAUACCUCCCGAUAUAUCGUCGGUCAAAACGCAGCUGGACUGUCUUUUUAGUAACCAAAAUGGGAACAAAACGUUUCGGGAACAAAUAUUCUUUCAUCAAAACUCAUCUUGUUCAUUUUAAGCUAUUUCAUUUUAGUAAUUUUAAAAUGGAAGGAUGUGUUCAAAUGUGAUAUGUAAUUUAUUUAAGGAGAUGAUUAAAUAAAAGAAGUUUUCCUAAUGAUCUCUCGAAAACUCUUAUUGCUAAUAUUUUUUUGCUAAUUUGUGCUAAAUAAUAAUUUAAUUACAGCAAUAAUUGCAUUGUUGUAAAUAUUUUUGUAAUCUAUUAGCUAGCACAAAUUGCUAAUUAAACCGACAUUACGCAUAUAAGAGUUUUGUACAUAAAUUAAAUUGGUAUGCUUAUUGCUCUUUUAUAAGAAUAAAAUUUUGUAGAGGACAAAUCCUAAAAUUCUAUAAAUGCUUUUCAUGCGAUAAAAUAGAAGACGCAGAUACUUACUACCAUGAAUUUAUUUUAUACGACUGAAAUUACUGCGUUGAAAUUAUAUUGGUACCUACUUAUUUUAUAUUAAGGGCUAAUUUACACGGCCCGCAAACUCGCAUACGAGUUUCAUUACAUUGCUUUAUUUGAUUGUUGUGCUGAAUUGUAUGUAACCUAAACAGUCUGCAAUGUAAAUCGCAUAAUUAUGAGUUCGGCCGCCGCGCGCCGUCUAAACGGGCCCUAAAGCGUAUUAGUCAUGAUUCAUGAACGAACUUUGCUCAAUUACUUAAAUGGUCAGUUGUUAUCAAUAUUUAGACUAAUAUGUAUUUUUAGGAUUUCUGGCAUGAAUGGUGCGAAUAUGCAUAAAUAAUAUCAUCUAUGUGCAUAUACUGGGUAGUGCAUGAAUAAAAAUAGUUGCCGAAGUGCACGUUGAUUCAAGUGUAAAUCCUUGUAUUUCGGCGGUCAUAAGACAGAAUAAUUGUCCAAAAACAGAAUAAACCGUAUAUUUGAACAAUUAUUAUAUCUUGUUCUAACCAACCCAUUCAUGCCAGCUCUCUGGAAUAUAAACGUGAAUGGAAAAUAAUUUUAAUUAUCUGGUCAGUAUUGAAGAAACGAGUAUAUUCCUUAGUGCAUAAUAGACAAUUUUGUUUUUACACUAGACUUUUAAAAUUUACACUGCCAUGUAUACUAAUGAAUCAUAAUUAAUAAGUAUUAUCAAUAUCAAUUGAUAAUUUUUGAACAAGCCAUGCAUUGUACGUAAACUAUCUAUAAGAUUAUUUAAAUUGUGAAUUCGAACUAUAAUACUCUAAUACCAAAUGCGUCUUCUAUGUUAGUACCGGCUGCUUACUGCUUUACACAAUUAGUAAAUAACAUAAACGAAACUGUAAGCAAUAUAAUUGUAAUUAUUCGUAGAUUUAAGAUUAGUAAGGGAAUAUCCCACUACCAAGUCUUUACAAAUUAAGGUUGUUUGUGCUAUAUGCCUGUGCUCAUCAGGUUUCAAUGAAUUUCGAUUACUAUUGAGUAGCCAUAACAAUAAAUCAAAUUUGUUACUGUUUUGUAAAAAAAAAACUAAUGUUGGACUACAAUUACCUAUAGCUAUAGUAAUAGUAUAUUAUUCAGUGAUGGUACAGCAUUGCCUAAGCCAAUCCAAUAAAAAUAACAGAGAGUAUUCCGAAAAAAUAUGAAAACCUGAUUCAUUUAAAUCCAUAGGUACUUUAUUGAGUUCAUUUCACUUAGAAUCGUUAUCAUUGUCUAUCUUGUAAACAUGAUUCUGUGUUGGAAGAACUAAAAGUACCUAUACUUAAAAUAAAAAUCAGGUUUAUGUUUUAUUUUUAAAAGGUUCAAACAAGGCUUUGGCAUCAAACGAUAGGUACUAAACUCUAGACAUGGAAUAAAGGAAUGGAGAAAGUCAUUUUUUGGGAAAGAGUGAUUUAUAUGUAUAAAAAUCUGUAUAUUUUACCUGACUGUAGCAACAGAAAGGAUUGUGUUUUAGGGUUAAUUUUAAGAAUUUAGUAAAUAACGCGGCGUAUUUUAAGUAUUUAGUUUAUUCUGAUAAGUCAUACCAAUUGACUUGCUCGUAAGUUUAAUUGUAGCGUAUUAUUUUAAAAUCUACUGCCUUUUAUGC